UACUUUUUGCUGCUUCUUUAUUGAACGAGACCCCAACGCUGUGAGACACCGCGAAAAAAGGAUGUUGGUUUGGCGUGGUAUGGUUCCCAACAUUCAAUUUUCUCGGGGGAAUUUCUUCAAGCACCUUCCGGCUUCGACACCAACGUCUAUUUGUUGCCCGUGCAACAUCAUAAGCACUGGAACCUUAUUCACUACUCGAGCACUUAGAUCUUCCUAUUUCGAAUCCCUUGCUUCCCAUCAAAAGGAUCAGGUCCAUCUCUACGUUGACACUCUUCUCCAAUGGAACCAGAGAAUGAAUCUUACCGCCGUUACAGAGGUAAAUGAGGUUAUGGAAAGGCACAUUGAGGAUUCACUUGCAAUUAUACCCCCUAUGAGAAGUUCUUAUGCCUCCCACUGUAACGACUCAGUCGACAGCAUCAACCUCGUUGAUGUCGGAAGCGGCGCGGGGCUUCCCGGAUUGAUUUUAGCUAUUGCUUGCCCAGAUUGGAAGGUAACCCUAUUAGAGUCUAUGAACAAGCGCUGCGUUUUCUUGGAGAAUGCCAUAGGUCUUGCUGGCUUGUCUAAUGUCCGAGUUGUGAGAGGAAGAGCGGAGAAUUUGGGGCAGGAUCUUUGCUUCAGAGAAAAAUUUGAUGUAGCAGUGGCAAGGGCGGUUGCAGAGAUGAGAAUCUUAGCUGAAUACUGUCUUCCACUGGUUCGCGUUGGUGGUCUAUUUGUAGCUGCAAAGGGUCAUGAUCCUCAGGAGGAAGUUAGAAAUGCAGAAAGAGCAAUUCAAAUGAUGGGUUCUUCCCUGUUGCAACUUUCCUCAGGUGGAUAUUUUGCCUGUAUGAUCCAUUCCAUACAUUUUCAGUCUUCACCUCUGCGGCUAGGAUAUGAGUUCUUUGCCUGCACAUAUUUUUGGCACUUAAUCAUGUUGUUUUUUGUGUUCCUUGUAUGCCCAGUGGAGUCACACAGCCCAUAUGGACAGCGAACUGCCAUUAUAUGUUUGAAAGAUCGCCCCACCCCAAGAAAGUAUCCUCGUGAUCCGGGGGUACCAGCAAAAGCACCACUGUAAAUGAUUCGGAUGCCCAUCCUGCUUUUAUCUUUAUUGACAACUUGUGUGCUUUGAAAUUAUACUUGUUCCAAAUGGAUGCAGCACAAAAACAAAAGCAAACAUUCGAUUUGAUCUAUCAGAGUGACCUACUGUGAUUGAUA